AGCGCAGACUGAUGGAUAUCUGCUGGAAACCACAACUUCAGCUCCACCACAUAGCCCUCCACCAACAUUGGCUGAUAGAAGAGGAAGAUCUCUGCAACCAACAGAGGAACUUCGGAGUGGAUCAGGAGGCACCAGAACUUCCACAGAUUGAAGAGGAGCAGGAGGAACCACAACCUCCACAGGCUAAAGAGGAACAGGAGGAAGGACAACAUCCACAGAUUGAAGAAAAACAGGAGAAACCAGAACCUCCACAUAUCAAAGAGGAACAGGAGGAAAGACAGCAUCCACAGAUUGAAGAGGAACAGGAAGGGCUCUGCAUCAGUCAGUAUGAAGAGAUGCUUAAUCUGAAGCAGGAGAGUGAUACCUUGAUGGAGAUUCCUAUUUAUGAGGAAUAUGAGCACAGUGAAGCAGAUCAAAAUGAUCAGCAAAGCUUUAAUUUGACUGAUGGUCAUUAUGAAGAGUUGCUUGAUCUGAAACAGGAGACUGAUAUUUUGAUGGGUAUUCCUAUUUGUGAGGAAAGUGAGCAUCGCGAAGCUUAUCUAAACAAUCAGCAGAACUUUAAUGUAACUGAUAGUUGGGAUGAGGAAGGAAAACAUCAUGAAGAAUCAACAUUAACUACAGAUGAAGAGAAAGACCCACAGAACAGAGAUCAGAGGAAGGGAAGAGACAGAAGUCAUGUCCAAAGUGUGGUCCGCUCUCACAUUUCAGAAGGUCAGUGUGACUCUGAUGUUAGGAAAAACGUCAAGAAGAAAUCUUUGGCUAAGAAACACAAAACGUCUUCAAAAGGAAAAAGGCCUUUCCAUAUAAAGUUUGAUAAAAGAACUAGAGUUGCACACAGUGUGAAUGUAAAGUUGAAAAGUGAAUCUGAUAAAAGUCCUCAUGUCUGUAAAGAAUGUGGUAAAGUAUUUAAUCACUUGUCCCAGUUCAAAGCCCACGUGAGAAGGCAUACGAUAGGGAAGCGAUUUUCUUGUAAAGAAUGUGAUAAAACUUUUAGCUACAAGUGUCAUGUCAGAGUACACAUGAGUACUCACACAGGGGAAAAGCCCUUUCAUUGUAAAGAAUGUGAUAAAACGUUUAAUUACAUGUCUAAACUCGCAUCACACAUGAAAACUCAUACAGGAGAAAAGCCUUAUCCUUGUAAAGUUUGUCACAAGAGUUUUAGUCAUACGUUUAAUCUCAAAACACACAUGAAAAUUCACACAGGAGAGAAGCCUUUUUCUUGUAAUGAAUGUGAUAAAAGUUUUGGUGUUUUAGCUCAUCUCAAAACACACAUGAAAAUUCACACAGGAGAGAAGCCUUUUUCUUGUAAUGAAUGUGAUAAAAGUUUUGCUGUUUUAGCUCGUCUCAAAUCACAUAUGAAAACUCACACAAGAGAAAAGCCGUUAGAAGAUUUAAGAAUAGGUCCUAUCUUAAAAGACACAUGAGAACUCAUACAGGAGAGAAGCCUUUUUCUUGUAAGGUAUGUCAUAGAAGUUUUACGACAAAGUUCUAUGCUAAAAUACACUUGAGAAUUCAUACUGGAGAGAAGCCUUUUCAUUGUCAAAUUUGCAAAAAAGGUUUUAGUCAAAAAAUAAUGUCAAAAGACACGACACUUCAUUUAAGAGAGAAGCCUUUUUCAAGUCGAACAACUUGGUGAAAACUCUCAACUCAAGAAAUGAAGGAAAAAUUUGGGGUUAAAUCAGGAUUUGUCUUAACCGAAUAAAAAACUGGAUUAUAAAUUUAGAAAAUAAACAUUGUAAAUUCAAAAUAAAAACGAAAAAAAUGUUAUGUCUGUGGCCCUCAGACUGGUUUGUGGCCCAGGUGUUGGGUCCCCUGACUUGAUGGAAACAGGAAGCAAGUCGAAUAAUGACUAGUUGAGGUUACCCCAAAUGUAAAAAAAUGGUUUUUCUGACUUCUUCUGUGCAGGCUGAAAACAUAUUUUUUUCCGGAUUUAUUUUGAUCUUCUAAAACCCCAUCUUACUUUUUUUUUUUUUAGAUUUUCAUCACCUCUGAUCUACAAUUAUCAAAACCCAUAAAAUAAAGCACGUAUUCAUUUCAGAGUAUGUAUAACUGUUCUGUACGAGUUUCACCAUUUGAAUUGAUUUACCAAAAAACUGUUGAUUUAAAAAAAAAGUCUUAUAGAUGAACCUGCAAAUAGAAAUGUGUUGUUUUUAGUUGUUAGAGCAUAAUCUUCAUCUUUUGAUUGGAUUGUGGUUAUAUUUCAUGAUGAAACAAUGUGUAUGUUGUCUAAGCCUGCUACCACGACAACACUAGAAAUAUUUUCCUUACAUCUUUAAGUCUAACACAUUUCUAUGUGAAGAUUUCUUUAAAGUAUUUGCUGCAGUUUUUAUUUUUUCUGGGUUAUGCGAGCAAGUCCUUUCUUGAUGAUUUUCUGUUUUUGAGAAAUCUAAAAAGAAGAAACUGGUGUUUCUGUUUUGUGUUCGUUUGAUGCUUUCCAGUAGAGAUUAAAACUGUAUUUAUUUUCAUUUUCAGUGCUCUGUCUCAAUCUUUAUGUGUAGAAUAAAGUAGACAUGAGUCAAAACUGUCACAA